CCCCCUCCUGCAGGCCAGCAGACAGACGCGCGAGCCGAGACUGGAUGUGAGGACACUUUGGUAGGAGAAGCGCCAUCUCGGAGGACGCACAUGGCUGGAUGACAUGAUGUUCCGGAUCUUUUCCCUUCCCCCUCCCACCUCUCCCUUCCUUGCUUUCCUCCUUCUUUAUCUUCUUCCUCGGCCUCUGCUCUUCUCUUCGCUGUCCCACGUCCCGCUGAGUUGGGCUUCGCCUCACGAUCCCUGCUACCACCCGGACGGCCGUCCUCGCCACUGUCUGUCCGAGUUCAUCAACGCCGCCUACGGGGUCUCAGUGGACGCCAGACGCUCCAUCCGAGCUUUCGACGGCAACGUCACCACCUUGACGGAUCUUCACAAUCCUCACAACCUCACCUGCUGGCAGGCGCAAGGGGGUCAGGACAGCGGGGACUGGGUGCUCACCGUGCCCCUGGGUCGGCGCUUUGAAAUCACCUACAUAAGUCUGCAGUUCUGCUAUCAUGGAGAACCGUCCGACCCGAUCUCAAUCUCCAUCUUCAAAUCCAUGGAUUACAGACACACUUGGAGGGCGAUGCAACAUUACUCCAGCGAUUGCCUCGGGGAUUUUGGGCUCCCCUCCCAGACGGCGGCCCAGACCAGACACCAGGAAACGGAACCGCUGUGCUCCGAUCCUCGGCCCUUGCAGAGGCAGCGGGGCGGUAUGGUGCUGGCGUUCUCGGCCCUCGACGGCCGCCCGUCGUCUCCGGAUUUUGACUACAGUCCCACUUUGCAAGACUGGGUGACCGCCACAGACAUCCGUGUGGUCUUCCAUCAAACAUCCGCCGGCGCAAAACUGAGCUUGGGAGUGAAGGACGAUGGGAGGACUGAGGAGGGUCGAGUUGUCGAUCUCCUGAGGUGGAGUUCGGGCGGUGCCGGUGAUCCGAUUGGCAACGUGCCUUCCUUUAAUAACAGGGCCACAACAAACUCUGAAAUGAGCACGCAGAAGAAAGCAGGGAAGCUUCGAGGGAGAAGUCAUCACAAGGUAGGAAACAACGUGACCAGUAAGGAAAGUGGGGACACUUACAGUUUGGAGGUCGCGAUGAAAAAGGAUGAGCGAGCUAGAAAGCUUGGUCGUAAGAAAGACGGCGAGGAGUGGCUCCUUUGUCCAAACGGUGACUGUAACUGGACCGGACGCCAAAGAGCGGCCAAGGGACGAGAACUGAGAAAGCGAAGAAACAACCAUCCCAACAUCCCGCAAACCUCCAGGAACCUUCAGGCGGCAUUACAAGCUCCGCCUACCGUAGCCCCCCUGCCUCCUCUGGCCCUCUCGGACCUGCAGGUAGGGGGUCGGUGCAAAUGCAACGGACACGCUUCCAAGUGUCGACGUGACGACGCGGGGCGAGCCGUGUGCGUGUGCAAGCAUCACACGGCCGGCCCGGAUUGCGACGUGUGCGAGGACUUCUACUUUGACAGACCCUGGCAUCGAGCCACGCCCACCCACCCAAACCCUUGUGUGGCGUGCGAGUGCAACGGCCACUCCAACAAGUGCCGCUUCAGCAUGGAGGUGUUCCAGCAGUCCGGCCGACGUAGCGGCGGCGUGUGCCUCAAGUGUCGCCACCACACGGCCGGACGCCACUGCCAGUACUGCCACAACGGCUACACCCGGGACCAAAGCAAGCCGCUGCACCACCGCAAAGCCUGCCAACCUUGUCAGUGCCAUCCUCUGGGAGCGGUGGGCCACUGGUGUAACAACACGUCGGGUCAGUGCCUUUGCCGACAAGGAGUGACCGGCCUCAGGUGCAACCGCUGCGCCCCUGGAUACAAACAGGGCACGUCGCCUCUGCGCCCUUGCGUCCGGAUUCAAGAGAUUACUCCAACUCCAGUUUUUCAACCUCAAUACGGCAUCGAUGAGGAGUGUGUCCCCCACUGCCAACCUUCUCAGGGCAAAGUCAGGAUGAACUUGGACACGUACUGCCUCAAGGACUACGUGCUGAAGGUUCAGGUGAGAGGGAUGGAGCGUUCGGGUCCCUGGUGGCAGUUCUCCAUUUCGGUCCAAGUGGUCUUCCGUACGGGAUCCGCCACGCGGAUCCGCAGGGGCCCCCAGUCCCUCUGGGUCCCUGACCGGGACCUGACCUGCGGCUGCCCCGCUCUCCACGUGGGCCGGACCUUUUUGCUGAUCGGGGCCGACGAAGGCGAGAGGGAUCGGGCGCCGGACGAGAGGAGGUUGGUGGCCGACCGCUCCACGUUGGCCCUCCAGUGGCGGGAACACUGGAGCCCCAAGCUGAGGGGCUUUCGCGGGCAGGACAAGAAGGGCCGCUGUGCCGAUCGACCCCCUAACCAGGACAGGAAUCCGUCAGAACCGCAGACGGGAUACAUCCCCCCUCACUUGCUUGCCGACACAGACAACGGAAGCUCAUCCGGCGAGGUCUCGACCUUGUCACCACAACACAGUCACUCAUGAACAGCUUUUUUUUUUUUUAACGCUCUUUGCUUUACCACCACUUUCAUGCUCUUGUCAUAAAGUUAGUUUAUUUGAUCUCUUUGCUUCAUAUUUAUUGUUAUAAUACAAAAAGAGGCGAGUGCUAAUGGAUGGAGCGCCACAUUGUUGGCCACGAGUGCAUGCAACUCACAGAAAGAGCAGGGAAGAGUGAUGUCAUUAUUUGGGCGUGGCUACUUUAGAGUGCCUCAUUGUCCUCUUUGUUUUGUGGUAUAUUUGAAUUUCUAAACCAACCACGUCCAUAUUUGGGCAUCUAACCUGCCGUCAUGGCGACUGCUUCCACUUGGGAGUCAAAACAUCAUCGGCCAGUGAGUAUGUGCAUUCGCGCAUGUGUGCGUGUGUGUGUGUUACAAAAAGACAGAUGGGAGAGCUCCUUUUUGCACAGCGGCCAUGUUUUGGAAAAGGCGGCUGCCGAUUGGCUGCCUGGUCAUUGGCAGGAAGCAACAAAGUGCAUAUGGGUCAGUGUGCGCACAAGCAUGUCUGAGAGGCAAACUAUCUGCCCUUCAGUGUGUGUGUGUGUGUGUGUGUGCGCGCACCUGCCACACUGGGUCUACAGGAAGCACCUGUCAGCGGCCGUCUCCUCUCGGCAGCGCCUGACGACAUGAGCGUUUGAUCCCCCCCAAAGUCCCCGAAGGCACACACUUACACAGACACUAACAGACAACUUAAGCCUGGCUGGCGCGGACCGUGCGCGGCCAUGUUGUUCACACGUCUCCCCACGCACAAAAACUACCGGACGUUCCUAUAAGAGGCCGCGUUGUAUGGUCGUG